AAGCUGGAGCUGUUCAGGGAGAUCAGAGCUGAGAUCUGUCAACAGAAAGGGAGUUGAAGAGAAAGCCAUCAAAGAAUACGGAAAGGAAGAAGUGAAGGAUCGGAGGAAAACCCGGAGCGAUGUCAGGGAAAUUCCUGAGACUUUGGCUGCUUUGUGGGGUAGUUUCCUCUUUGCCCAUGCCGGAACUAACCAGACUCUUCAGACGUGGAGUUGGAAUCGAUACUUGCACGGACCACAUCACCAAGAAGGUUUACCAGCGAAGGGAAUCAUGGCUGCGUCGUCGCGAGGCUCAUUUGGAAUACUGCCGAUGUGACAGUGGAGUGGCCCGAUGCCACACUGUGCCUGGUAAAGCCUGCGGCGAACAAAUGUGCUACAACGGGGGGACCUGCUACCAGGCCUUGUAUUUCUCCGACUUUAUCUGCAGCUGUCCAAGCGGCUUUGAUGGGAAGCAGUGCGAAAUAAAUGUCAAUGCCACGUGCUACCGCGGCUUGGGACUAACCUACCGGGGGACCUGGAGUGUGACCGACAGCGGGGCUGACUGUCUUAACUGGAACAGCAGUGCCCUGACCCAGAAGAAGUUCAGCGGGCGGAGGCCCGACGCCAUCAAGCUGGGCCUGGGGAAUCACAACUACUGCAGAAAUCCAGAUAAGGACUCCAGACCAUGGUGUUAUGUCUUCGAGAAGGGGGAAUACACCUGGGAGUUUUGCAGCACCCCACUCUGCAUCCAGGGAAAGAAUGGUGACUGUUACUCAGGAAAGGGCACAGACUAUCGGGGUACCCGCUCUACCACCAAGUCGGGUACUUCUUGCCUGCGAUGGGAUUCCCCGUAUGUGAAGUCCAGAGUCUACACAGCGUCAAAACGGAAUGCCCAAGAGCUGGGCCUGGGCAAGCACAACUUCUGCCGGAAUCCCGAUGGCGACUCCCAACCCUGGUGUCACGUGCUGAAGGACAACGGCAAGCUUGGGUGGGAUUACUGUGACAUCCCCAAGUGCUUCUCCUCUGUGUCUUCACCCCCUCUAGCCACCUGCGGAAUGCGACAGAAGUCACCGCCGAAGUACCGCAUUAAAGGUGGACUCUACACCGACAUUGCCGCCCAUCCUUGGCAAGCCAUCAUCUUGGCCUAUAGCCGCAAGUUGUUCAAGGAUCGUUUUCUCUGUGGUGGAGUCCUCAUCGACUCCUGUUGGGUCCUUUCUGCUGCCCACUGCUUCGAAGAGGGGUAUGAACCCUCUCGCGUAACCGUGGUGCUGGGGAGGACCUUCCGAGAGGUCUCCGGAGAGAAUGAGCAGGUAUUAAAAGUGGAAAAGUACACUGUCCAUGAGAACUUUGAUCCAGACACUUAUGACAAUGAUAUUGUUCUGUUGAAGCUGAAGUCUGAUUACUGCGCAAAGGAAACGGACAACGUCCGCCCUGUCUGUCUUCCGGAGGCAGGGCUGCAGCUGCCGGACUGGACUGAAUGUGAGCUGUCUGGCUACGGCAAGCAUGAGGAGUCUUCUCCCUUCUACUCCGAGCGGCUUAAAGAGGCUCACGUGAGACUGUAUCCCGCCAACCGCUGUUCUUCCCGCUUCCUCUCCAAUCGAGUCAUCACAGACAAUAUGCUGUGUGCGGGGGACACUAGAAGUGGAGGAACAAAUAGCAACUUAGAUGACGCCUGCCAGGGAGAUUCGGGCGGCCCGCUGGUGUGUAUGAAGGACAACCGCAUGCAUCUCCUGGGGAUCAUCAGCUGGGGGAUAGGUUGUGGACAGAAAGACGUACCCGGUAUCUACACCAAGGUCAUUAACUACUUGGACUGGAUUCAGAAAAAUAUGAGGCUGUGAACAAUAAAAGCAGCACUAUCCUCAAAGCCAGUCUUCCUCCUACUUCUCCUCAUCUGAGGUACGGCAAGUCCAGAGGAGCCACUACCUGUUACCCUGUUACCCAUCAACAGCCACACCACAGAGGAAGUGGAAGAGGGAAGGGGGAGAUAGGGAGGCCAUAUUUUCUAGGUACUUUCUUUUUGGGAGAUUAUCGGGGGAUCGACGCCUGGUUUCAGUUUGUACUAAAUCAAAUGGGAACCCAGCAAAAUACAUUCCAAUCCCCCAACUCACGCCGCCAUUUGGAACCAGAUAGGUAAACAAGUGUCUGGAAGAAGGAAAUCUCCGGCACCCCUUAUCUCCCUGAGUCUGGAGCUUUAGAAAAGCAACCUAAAAAGGGUAACACAUAUCAUGAAAGCAAGAAAUAAGCAGAUCCUUUCGGCAGGAGAGACAUCACUUGCACUGGAGUGCUAUUUGCUGUGAAGGAAACUGCUGACUGGAAUUCUGAAGACCGACAGACUGGCUGGCCACUCUGUCUUUUACAUCUAUUGUACCCCCCCAAGCUCUUAGUACAGAGCGCUGCCACGGUCAGCGCUUGACAAAUAUUACCGACCAGAAACUUCAGGUUCCUCAGAAAAACCUCCUUGUUUGGACAUGUUUCCCUUUCUCCGUCCUCAGACCUUUGGAGAAUGUGCAUUUUGCUGAUCUAGGAACAUCAAAGAUCAUUCAAAUUGUUUUCUCUUUUUAAAAUUUGACUUAGCGGAAGAAUUGACUGACAAACUGGAAUUCAUCCUUUGGCAUGUUUGAAACCCUCAGUCCACUAGAUCUCUACCCGCAUUACUUGUAGACACAACGCUGUAUCCUAUUUUAUCAAUACAAUAAAGACAGAUCUAUUUUUCACUGUGUUUCCAAA